AUGUUGAUAAAUGAAUGUGAGCGUUUGGGUCCCAAUAGACUUAAAAAUAAGAAAUUAGCAUAUAAACGUCCUACUGCAGACAUUGUCAUAACACCAACGGAUAAAACUAAGCGAUUAGUCGCACUUGAUUCUAGUCAGUACGCCAAUAUGAUUACAGAAAGUACUAUUGGUACAGGAAAGUAUGAGGAGAAGAAGAGAUUGAAUCUACCUAGAACUGAACAAAUUCGAUUCAAUAAAGAAUUAAAUAAGAUCGCCAACAAAUACAAGACCAGUGAUCCUGAAUUGUAUAAGCGGCUUAAACCAUUAAUCUGCAGUGAACCACUUCCCAGCCCUGUUCACUGUCUACCUAAGGAUCAUAAAGAGGGAACCUUGAAAGGGAGACCUAUCCAUUCAGCUACGGACACACCAUCUACGCCCUUAUCUAAGUUCUUAGUACAUGCCCUAACACCAUUACUCAAUCAUGUUGAUGCCCAUCUCAAGGAUACGGAAGACUUUAUAAGUUUUCUUAAAUACAUAGAUGGGAAGGAAGUACAGGGCAUCUGUAGCUUGGAUGUUAAGAACGUGUAUGGGUCUAUUCCUUUAGAAGAUGUGAAUGACAAUACACUAGGGGUAUUUACAGUUGUGAAGAAUUUUUUUGACGAACAUAAGAAUGAUACAUGUCUAUCGAAUUUAGAUGUAAGAGAUUUCGAAAAACUUUUGCGUUUAUCCAUCACUACCGAUACUGUAUUCAUUCAUGAGAAAGGAUAUCAUCAGAAAAGUGGCCUAGCCAUGGGAAACAACCUUGCACCUAUGUUAGCUAUUAUUUACAUGCACUCUUUAGACACACUUAUAAUUGAGAAGUCGGGAGGUUCUGUCUCACUGAAACGAUACAUUGAUGAUAUAUUUGCAGUACUACAUUCCGACAGGAUUAAUGCUGACAAAUUAUUAGAGAUAUCCAAUGAUCUUAAUGAAGCCAUUAAAUUUACAUUGGAAAAGCCGAACAGCUCAAAUGAAUUACCGUUUCUGGACACUCUAAUCAGCUUCGACCAAAACACGAAACAAUUUAGAAGUGAAUUGUAUGUUAAACCCAUUCAUAGCGGUUCUAUUACGUCUUGGGAUAGCCAUGGGCCUAUUUCUUUUAAGCGGGCGUUAAUCAUCGGUGAAACCAAGAGAACGUUACGUUGUUCCAUGGAUCGUCCAUCGAGAAAUCGAUCGUUAAAAAAGAUAACCAAAACGUUUAUACCAGCAACGGUUAUCCCAGGAGAUUUGUUAGAGCAAUCAUUAGGCGUACCGUCAGUACUACAUCUCAAAAACAGGAAAUGA